UCUCUCCUAGCUGUCCCAUUUGAGACAUAUCCAAAAAUGACGUCCUUCUUUGUUAAUGAAUAUACGUUUUUGAGGGGAUGACCAGUCAGUACCGGCAUGUUCAAUAAUAGCUUUCCUGCCGGCCUGAAUUUUGAAGUAACGGUCCGGUGUGUAUGAAACCAGGCUAUGUCCACAAUGGUGUAUCCUCGUGAAGAAGCCCUGGAGCGCCUGAGCCAGGAUGAGAUCGUCCUCAACACCAAGGCCGUCAUGCAGGGCCUGGAGACGCUGCGCGGCGAACACGCCCAGAUCCUCAACUCGCUGCUGGACUGCGCCCAGCCCCCCGCCGCGCAGGAGAAAUCCGGCCUGCUGCGCAAGAGUCUGGAGGCCAUCGAGCUGGGCCUGGGAGAGGCACAGGUGAUCGUCGCCCUGUCGAGCCACCUGAGCGCCGUGGAGUCGGAGAAGCAGAAGCUGCGGGCUCAGGUGCGCCGGCUCUGCCAGGAGAACCAGUGGCUGCGGGACGAGCUGGCCGGGACGCAGCACAAACUGCAGCGCAGCGAGCAGAGCGUGGCGCAGCUGGAGGAGGAGAAGAAGCACCUGGUGUUCAUGAACCAGAUCAAGAAGUUUGACGAUGACGUGUCUCCGUCGGAGGAGAAGAACCAGAGCGGGGGAGGAAGUGGAGGAGACACUUCGAAGGACAGUCUGGACGACUUGUUCCCCAACGAUGACGACCAGGGGCCAGCCCAGCCCAGCGGAGAGGUGGCGGCUCAGCAGGGGGGCUACGAGAUCCCGGCCCGCCUCAGGACGCUGCACAACCUGGUGAUCCAGUACGCCUCGCAGGGCCGCUACGAGGUGGCCGUGCCGCUCUGCAAACAGGCUCUGGAGGAUCUGGAGAAAACAUCCGGACACGACCACCCCGACGUCGCCACCAUGCUCAACAUCCUGGCUCUGGUGUACAGGGAUCAGAACAAGUACAAAGAGGCGGCUCACCUGCUGAACGACGCGCUGGCCAUCAGAGAGAAGACGCUGGGGAAGGAUCACCCCGCUGUGGCCGCCACCCUCAACAACCUGGCCGUCCUGUACGGAAAGAGAGGGAAAUACAAGGAGGCCGAACCUCUGUGCAAGAGAGCGCUGGAGAUCAGAGAGAAGGUGUUGGGGAAGUACCACCCAGAUGUAGCCAAGCAGCUGAACAACCUGGCGCUGCUGUGUCAGAACCAGGGGAAGUACGACGAGGUGGAGUACUACUACAGACGGGCCCUCGAGAUCUAUGAGUCCAAACUGGGAGCCGAUGACCCCAACGUGGCCAAGACCAAAAAUAACCUGGCGACGUGCUACCUGAAGCAGGGGAAGUUCAAAGACGCUGAGGCUCUGUACAAAGAGAUCCUGACCAGAGCACACGAGAAGGAGUUUGGAUCCGUCAACAAUGACAACAAACCAAUCUGGAUGCACGCAGAGGAGAGAGAGGAGAGCAAGGGUAAACGUAAGGACUCUGGCCCGUAUGUAGAGUAUGGCAGCUGGUACAAGGCCUGCAAGGUGGACAGCCCCACAGUGAACACAACCCUGAAAAGCUUGGGGGCUCUGUACCGUCGUCAGGGCAAACUGGAGGCGGCCGAAACUCUGGAGGAGUGUGCCAGCAAGACCCGUAAACAGGGAAUUGAUGCCAUUAACCAGAGUAAGGUGGUGGAGCUGCUGAAGGACGGGGGGGGCGGAGGGGGGGACAGACGACACAGCAGGGAGGGAAUCAACGGGCCGGGGGGGCAGCGGGGGGAGAGCGAGGGCGACAACUCCGCGGAGUGGAACGGGGUCAGUGAUGGGAACGGGUCUCUGCGGCGCAGCGGCUCCUUCGGGAAGAUCCGUGACGCCCUGAGGAGGAGCAGCGAGAUGCUGGUGAAGAAGCUGCAGGGGAGCGGGCCUCAGGAGCCACGAAACCCAGGAAUGAAAAGAGCAAGCUCCCUCAACUUCCUCAACAAGAGCACUGAGGAGACCACACAGGACGUCACCCCCGGCCUCUCGGACUGCAGGGGACUCAGCUCCAGCAACGUGGACCUAUCCAGACGCAGCUCCCUGAUUGGCUAGCCCGAGAGAGGAGGCGGGACUGAGGAGAGGCUGUUUUCAGCUUGGUUUGAUCCACACUCUCCACACGCGAGAUCAAACACUUGCACCUGCAGCAUAUUUUUUAAAGAACACUGAGAGAGAAUAAAAAAACACCACCUCACGUAGCGUCAUCCUGUUUAGACACGGUCGCUGCUUCGCUGUAUAAAACGCUGCCAUCAAUCACUAAAGAGAAUAUUUAGAUACACAUUAAUCAGCAUGCUGCUUACUAGAACGUGGAAUGUCUGCACCUGAGCGCAUCGUGUUUUAGCACCGUGGCGUAUAUCCACAUCGUGAUGAGUCCCGUGUUUAGUGUGCAGACACUCGUAGGCUAAAUGUACUCCGGUUCCAGUUCAGAGAGGAGCGUUUGCACUCUGUAUAUCCCACCAGUAGCAUGGAGUAUCUCCCGAUUGCUAACCGCCCAUUCCAUGCAUAUCACAGACGGUCCAAAUGGUACCAUCCGCUUUGAUUUAAACGAGGAUAGCAGAUGUAUUUAAGAAGAAUACGAGCGAUCUUUGGGGAUUUUCAAUUAGCACUAACCAUUUAAACCUCACUGUUUGCCUUUCUUGUUGUUUUAUGUAUAUACAGUUUUAAAUUAUUUGAUGUUUCUUUCCUUGUAAAUAGUGCACUUUUUUUUUGUUUACACUUUAUUGGGUCUAAGAAAAUACUUAUCUAAAGGGGGAGGACUGGAAAACACAGAAAUAUGAAAAGUUCCUAAAUGCUGAUACAUUUAGUCCCUCAAUCACUGAAUUCUGCUGACUCAUGGUUCAGUUUAGUCGUAAUGCACUUUGAGCCCCUACUGCGCCCUCUGCUGGUCAUGUUUAUAUCAGUCAUUCUUUAAACUUUGAUAUAAAAGUGUCAGAAAGUUCAUUUGAAAUUAUAUUUACUAUGUCUCCUCAAUACUACCUACUGGAAAAUAAGUUGAAUAAAACACUAAAAUCAUUACUUUCAGGUACCUUUUCCUCACUAAACACUUCCAGGCUUACUGCCAUAAGUCUGAAAGCUACUGAAGGGAAAUAUUUCUAAAGCAUAAUCAAUGUAGGACUAAGGGUAACUAUCUUAUCAAAGCUGGUGCAGUGCAUCAACAACGUGUUCAUGUAUUCCUCUUGUGAAAGGUUUCCCCCGUGUUUAUGUUGCUGAAUAUGUAUCAUUUUGUACGGAACAAUCCUCAGUGUGACGUUUUGCCCUUCCUGAUGAUUUGUGUUUUCCUGUUUUUGAUCUGAGCUUUUUAUGUUAAAGGUACUGAUAAUCAUUUGAAUGUUCAAUUACAUAUCGAUUGUGGUAUCCGGUGGCUUUCACACUGGAUGUUUGUAUUGUGCUGUUUCCACCAAAAAUAAGACCAAUACCAAGAGAACUGUCCACAGAAUGUACACGUGUUAUCAUGUGAAGUCGAGUUCAGCCUCGGCAAGUUGCGGCGUCACUUCAACUGGGAUCAGAUUGUCAAGAACAACAACUUUUUUUGCUUAAUUUGUACGUUUUUCUUAGUUUACUCGUAAAAAUGGAAACUCCUGACAAUCUGAGUUACAUUUCUAAGACGGGAGGAUACAGGAUUGUUGCAUUUUGUCCACGACGGUGCAUGCACACCAUCGCCAAAUUCACAAACAACCUGACACCGCCCUUUCUUAAAAAUCACCUUUUGAUGACGUCACAUUGCUGACUCUAAAAUAAUGAAAGUGCUUAAUCUGUCAGCUUCUGAUUGUGCGCCGUGGUGCAGGUUUUAGAUCGUAAUGUAGAAAUGAACGCAUGAAGGAAAGAAGGCCUAAAGUAAGUGUUGAGGCAGAAAAAGAAAUUAUGGUAUGGAAAGACGUUGCGGGAGGAAAAGUGUUUAAGUGUCGUCCGCAGCAAAUAAUGUACAGAGCAAUCCUUUAUAUGUUUGUUCACAUCAGAAUGAUAAUUUGUAGUUUCCAGAACAUCUUCUAGGACUAGUCUACUUCCUGACUGUAACACUGAGCAAUCCUCUACCGUUCAUCACGUAUUCACCUCUGGGUUGGUUUGCUGGAAGUGUCUGUAAUUCGUCUGACUGUAUUAAUAGCUCCAUAAAUAUUAAGCACAAUAAAACGGCCGAGAGGAAAAUCUAAAACGGCUAUGGUUGUAAAUGUUCUGAAAGAUUUACCUCUAAUAUUUAUGGAGUUUUUACUUUAUGGUAAAUGUUCUAGAACCAUGGUCAUGUGCUCCUAUACUGCUGAUGGGUGUCAUUGUGAAGGGGCCAACCCAAUGUGUAUUUUAUCAAAAGGUUCAAUAAAUACAAACUCCACUUUUCAAA